AUGAUCACUCUGGAUGAACUGCAGAUAACUACAGCUGAGUCUCCCAAAGAUGAGGGACUGCACUGGACAGAGAAGGAGAGAAUCUUGUACACAAUUCAAACUCCUCCAGGGGCAAAGAAAGACACCCAUGUACCUUUCCCUGCUGCCUACAGCCCAGACUAUGUGGAGCCCAGCUGGUACCAGUGGUGGGAGAAGGAGGGCUUCUUCAGGCCAGAGCAGCACAAAACCUUGGCCCAUGCCAUGGACUGGACCUUCUCCCUUUGCAUCCCCCCUCCCAACGUGACGGGCACUCUGCACCUGGGCCACGCGCUAACGGUGGCUGUGGAGGACGCGCUGGUGCGAUGGAGGAGGAUGCAGGGGUGCAGAGUGCUCUGGCUGCCCGGCUGUGACCACGCCGGCAUAGCCACACAGGGAGACACCAAAGGUAAUGCACAGAUGUCAGCAGAGACGAUGGUGCACAGUAAUUACCGGCACCUUGCGUACCGGAAUGUGGCUGGAGUUCCCUGA